AUGUCGACACCGGAUGAAUCACCAGCUCAGAGAGCCGCUCGCCAACGCCGUGAGCGCCGUGAGGCCAAGAUCAGGGAAGGAGGCUCCGCCCGUCUGGACAAGAUCACCAGUCUAAGCGGUCGCACCCCGCAAUCAAGUUCUUCACACGCAGCCCAGGAAGAAGAUUCACCUUCUCCCCGACCUUCCCAGCCCACUUCGCCCGCCAUCUCUCAAUCUCCCUCCCCAUCCCUACAAGCUCAACAAGACCAACAAUCAGUGGCGGCCCUCCAAGCUCAACAAGAUGCCUUCCGUGCUAUGCUCCGACAAGCCGCGCCUGAAGUGGCCCAGCAUCAACAGAGCCAAGAGGCCAAUGAAGUAGAGGACCCAACCCUCAAGCUGUUAAACUCCCUUCUUGGAUCCAUGCCGACAGACCCCAACGGCCCACCACCACCACCAGACGGAGCUCCCGGCCAAGCACCAAGUGCAGGACCUGGCCUUGGGCCUGCAGCUAUCGCUUCUGCACUCGGCCUGCCCCCUUUCCUCGCGAACCUGGUCGGUGGAGCGCUCCAGACACAAGAAGAAAACCCAAAGAGCGUACGACUGUGGAAGACUCUGCACAUCUUCUUUGCGCUCAGUGUCGCUUUCUACCUGCUCUUCAUCAUCGGAUCAUCUGUCGCACUGUUUGGUAGUCUCCCUCCGAAGCCUGCCACUGCACAGAACCCAUUUGUUAUUUUUAUGACGGGCGAGCUGCUUCUAUGUGGAACACGGGUAUUGUUUGGGGGGCAAAAUGGGAUACGCUCGGGAAUCAAACUGGUAAAGGAUGUUAUUCGUGAUGGCAGUCUUAUUAUCUUUGCAUUGGGCUUGGGAAGUUGGUACACUCGUGAGUGGCAGGUUCUUGGUUGA